AGGGAAGCCGCCCGCGCCUGAGGAGGGACUACAUUUCCCGAGGGGCCUCGGCAGCGGCGGCGGCGGGCGCGGCGACGUCCCCCGGAAGUGGAGCCUGGGACUUCCAGUCGUGCGUGAGGCGAGCGGAGCCGGAGACGCGACCAGAGGCCGAACUCGGGAUCUGACAAGAUGGCUGGGCUGCCCCGCAGGAUCAUCAAGGAAACCCAGCGUUUGCUGGCAGAGCCGGUUCCUGGGAUUAAAGCAGAACCAGACGAGAGCAACGCCCGUUAUUUUCACGUGGUCAUUGCUGGUCCCCAGGAUUCCCCCUUUGAAGGAGGGACUUUUAAACUUGAACUAUUUCUGCCAGAAGAAUACCCAAUGGCAGCACCUAAAGUACGUUUCAUGACCAAAAUUUAUCAUCCUAAUGUAGACAAGUUGGGAAGAAUAUGUUUAGAUAUUUUGAAAGAUAAAUGGUCGCCAGCACUGCAGAUCCGCACAGUUCUGCUAUCGAUCCAGGCUUUGUUAAGUGCUCCUAAUCCAGAUGACCCAUUAGCAAAUGAUGUAGCGGAGCAGUGGAAGACCAACGAAGCCCAAGCCAUAGAAACAGCUAGAGCAUGGACUAGGCUAUAUGCCAUGAAUAAUAUUUAAGUCGAUCUGAUCAUCACGUUUGUGUCACUUCUCCUGUUCUGCCAAGACUCCUUCCUUUUUGUUUGCAUUUAAUGGACACAGUCUUAGAAACGUUACAGAAUAAAAGCCCAGACAUUUUCAGUCCUUUGGUGAUUAAAUGCGCAUUAGCAAAUCUAUGUCUUGUCCUGAUUCACUGUUGUAAAGCAUGAGCAGAGGCUAGAAGUUUCAUCCAGAUUGUCGUGAAACAUUGAAAAGCAGUGGCCCUCUGCUUUUAUUCAUUUCCCCCAUCAUGGUUUUAAGUAUAAAGCACUGUGAAUGAAGGUAGUUGUCAAGGUUAGCUGCAGGGGUAUGGGUGUUCUUUAUUUUAUUUUAUUUUAUAUUUUGAGGGGAAAGGUAGUUUCAGUUUUAUGGGCUCCCCACCCCCACUUUUAUGGUGAUCUAAUGCAUUGGUUAAAAAAGCAGCUAACCAGUUCUUUUAAGAUACACUCUCUAGCCAAGUCUAACUUUAUUUAGACACUGUAGAUGGACAAGCUGAUUGUUCGAACCAAAAUGGGAAACAUUAACAACUUCACAGCUCUCACUAAUAACAUUGUGAUUUUGCAGUCAAGUAUAGAUUCCCUCCUUCAAAAAAGCUUGUGACCAUUUUGUAUGGCUUGUCUGGAAACUUCUGUAAAUCUUAUGUUUUAGUAAAAUAUUUUUUGUUAUUCUACUUUGCCUUUGUAUAGUUUAUUUUACUGUGUUUAUUUCAUUUUCCCAAUGUGACAAUCGUAUUUAAAAAAUUAAAACUGAUGGAACAUUCUGUUUUGGUCUUCACAAUCUGACAGAAUGGCAAGAGAUGGAUUUGCCAAUUUCUUUUCACUGAUGCAAAUUUAUGUUAAGAUUACUGAAUGGAGUUUAUAAACAGGGCUUGAGCAUGCAUAAAGCAUCAGUAUCUGACCCUUUCCCACCCCCUAGAAAUUCGAAUAAAGGUUCUAUGUUACCUGGUUAGGAGAUUGUUGGUGUCUUGCCAUAAUGUUUGAAAAGCAGUGCACAGGAGCGUGGCAGCAAAGAACGCAGCUGUGACUGACAUCUUGGACUUUCACAUUGUGCCACUUCUUUCUUUUUGCCUCAACUGAGCUAUGACCUUUUUCUUGGUUCUUGUCUGAAAACUUCAUGUGUUACCAUUGGUGUGUGAUUAGGAAAUACCAAUCUGAUAAUCAUUUGGGGUUUGCAGAGAUACUUGUCAAGUUUUCCUUACAGAACUAAGAGGAAAUCUCAAGCAAGCAGCUUGCAUAACCAUCAUCAGAAAGAUUUUUUCCUUGAAGAGCACCAGAUUUUCAGUUGAGUCUUGUGUCCAUCCUUUCUAGUGUGCUGUGGGAGCUUUUAUUCUUUAAUUUGCUUACAGUAAAUUUUUCAUUAGUAAGAAUUUCUUCCCUCACAAAACAGUUCUUUCCCACCUCUCUCUCCAUCUGAUUCCCAAUUUUUGUUAUUUUAAAGUCUUACGUAGCCAGUCUUAAAUGUGUAAAUGUUAACCUUUGGGUUGGGAUUGUUGUCUCUUGCAGUUUGAGGUAAUGGAUAUUGUAGCCCAUCUGCAUUUUCCUUACUCGUAUUCUCAUGACUUCUGGCAUUUCUUCAGAAUGUGGUGUAUUUUAUUGUGCUCCUAUGUAAGAUGAAGAAUUAUCUAUUAAAAUUACAUUUUCAACAUACAAAAGUUUCUGGUGACUCCUGAUAUCCUUCCAAAUAAAUGUAAUGCUUAGUAACAAACGUUACGUUCAGAAUACACAGUUGUUGAUAACCCUAAUGUCAUAUAUUUAUAGCAGUUGUCAACAAUUGUUGAGCACAGGGCGCCUUUGACUACAGCUAAGGAAAUUGUCUCAUUCUAAAAAGCAAACUCAGGACUGGAAGUACUUACGUAGAGAUCAGAAAUCAUCAUGUACUGCUCAUUAUAGAUAGCUGAUGUCACGGUGACUUAUGAAGGUCCAGAUCUCUCUUUAUUCCAUUAUAAAGUCCAUCCAGAGUAUGUCUCGAGCUUGAAAGUUAAUGGAAGUAUAGGAUGGAAUAAGGCACUGGUUUCUUGUGGGAAUUCUGUCUUUAUGGACUCGCCUUGUGUAGCUUCAAUGAGAGUCCCCUUUGUUAUAAGACUUGCUUUCUCAACAAGUGGGGUAAAGUGAGAGCCAGUGAAUAGCUGUAGGUCUUGUGAGGACCUGAGAGAGGUCAAGGCAGGUGUUGAACAUCUGACCUGCUUUCCUCGGCCUACACUUAGUUGGUUAACCAUUCUGAAUUUGAUGCCGACAUUUGUUCACCUCCAAGAUUGCCAUGAAAAGCAAGAAAUUUGUCUCUUUUAAAUGACAACACUGUUAAGUAGAGCCAACCCACCUUUGUGCCUGAUCUCUCCUGGGAGGAGCUAAGUGAUGCUUACUGGCAGGAUUCUCCACCACUGUCCUCUUACCCAGGUCCUCACCAGGGGCCAGGGUCCUUCCAGCUGGUUGGCUUCUUUGUGUAACCCUGUUCCCGUGUAAGCCUAUCCCAAAGUAAAGGGAACAACUCACUUGAAAAAAAUAGUGAUAUGUUGUUUCUCAAAUUCACUUCGUUCCAGAAUCAUGGAGCACUGAAAAGUCUGGACAAGUGAACAUAUUUUUCCCGUAAUAAAUAAUGAAAAACCAAUCAGUUCUGAGACCAAAAAAAUUGUACUUAUAAAUUGUUUUUUUUUCAAGACUUAUAUUUUUGCCGUGAUUUCUUUUCCUCUAUAAUGGUUCUCAUUGUUGCUCUUAGCUUUACUCCUUUCUUUGGAGCCAUGCUUAUAAUAUUUAAUGCAAACAAAGUGCAAAAUGAAAAAAUCACAAUGACAAAUGCUUUAAGGCACCAGCACAAGCACUGUGUGUUGCCUGGGCCAGAGUGGCGUCUCUCACUCUCAUCCCCUACAGGCUUUUCCAGGUUGGUUGGUGUGACUGUUGAACAAAAGUUGCGGACACUGAGCAGAUUAUUCUUGAAUUUCACUAUUCGAGUAGUGGAAAAUUCAGGCUUAGAGCUGCUCAACAACUGAGUAUCACUGCAGAUGAUCCCUGCUCAUUACUAGUUGGUGACGAGGUCAGUGAGUGCUAAGGGGCUUUCCCGUGAGGAUCUUGCAGUCAGAUGAGGGGAGGGGACAUGAAACAGUGCAGCUUGGUCAUAGAGAUGGGAACCAACUGGGAGGCCUCUUUCUGGGACCCAUGUGAAUACCUUCAGGCAGGGAGAGAAGCACUUGGAGAGCCCUGGGCGAGAAGGGAAGAACCAGGGCCUAUUGAUGAAUCAUUUGUCUCUUAAAAAUCUGAAAUCCCGAGAUGUUGAUUUGAGUGUUGUCUGCUUUGCUAGGAGUUGUUUCCACUGACAACCAGUUAUCCUUGGACCUCUCAAGAGUCCACCUAGUAUGACGUUAGACCUAAUGUAUGUAGAACUUAAACCUUACUCUAGACCAGCAGUGUACUUGUAAAUUUCAGAAAUGUUAAAAGCUUUAAAUACAUAAUCAGAGUAUAAGGGCCAUAGGUGCUGUGGUUUAGUACUUUUUUUUUUCUUUUUUAAGGGAAUGGAAUUGGUGUCCUGUCCAUUAGAAAUACAUUUAACAAAGUAAAACUAAAUGGUGUAGGAACUGGCUACAUUCUUCUGUUUGAUGUUUUCUGGCUAUUCUAGCCACUUUCAUUUUUGUUGGUUACUAUAGUACUAAAAGAUUAGUAAUAUUUCAUCUAGAAAAGCUGUCCAAAAAUAAAGCACAUAACUCAAUUUGAGAACGAUGUAAUAUUUGAUUGAAUAAUGUGUUUCGGGGCUGGGAACAACAUUUAACUUAGCUAUUUAGCAUGUUGCCUAUCUUACAGAAUUAUAGCAGGGUUUAUAUUUAAAUGACAACACAAAGGAAAACAUGUUGAAUGUAACUUGAAAAUAUAAAUAAAAAUCUAAUACACCAA